AUGUAAGUACUAUAAAUGAUUAUAAGCCAUGAUUUUCCGCUACACCCAGCCUUUACCACGCCUUGGUAUAAAACGCAAGUUCAAAGUCAUGCAGUUACUAAUGUGGUAAUUGAAGCCAACGCCAUGCGACAUCAUAUAAUUUAUUUAUCAGUAUCGCUGGCUUUGUUAUUUUUAUUAAUAGAUUCUACAUUACAAGACCAGUCAUCAGUUGAUAAUCCAAGUUAUCUUUUGAAGACAACUACUUUAAUAAGAGAAAAACGACAGCUCGAAGAUCUUGAAGAUGAUGAAUACCCAACACCCUCAUCACAAGAGGCAGGAGAAGAAUCUGGAUUUUGGGAUAAAGUAGUAAAAGUAGCUCUAAGAUUAUUUAAUAAAUUUAUUGAAUGGUUAAAUUCAUCUUAAAAAAAACUUGUAUAAUUUAUUAAUUAUAUAUACACACAUAAGUAACAUGCUAUUACAUUUUUUUAUUAAAUUUUCAUCUUAUAUGUAAAAAUUAAACAUAAGACAAUGAACAAACUGAUUCUGUUACCAAAAAAAUUAAUUCUUAUGAUGUAUGUGAGGAUGAUUUUAAAUAGUUUUCAGGUAUAUUCAGUGGAUUGUAGU